AUGGAAAUCUCCCACCAAGACUCCGAGAGCCGCAUCACCAACCGCCUCGCGCUCUUCCAGCACCACCUCACCCACGCCCUGCCCCUCUCCGCACCUCGGCCCACCAAACAACCACCCACCACCACCAUGGCCACGCGCGACCCCAUUACCUGCCACGUCCUCAACACCCUGACCGGGACUCCCGCUGCCAAUCUCCCCGUAACAUUGACACUGCUCUCCCCGCCGGCGUCUCCCUCCAGCCCCGUCGCUUUCCACGCAACCACCAACGCCGACGGCCGCGUCGCCAACUGGACGCCCGUGGGCUCAAGUUCGGCCUCGACCUCGGAGACAGUCCCCACACUCCUAGCCUCGCUGCCUGCCGCUGAUAGCAAGACGCAUUGGGCUGUGCGCUUCGAGGUCGGGCCCUGGUAUGAGGCCCAAGGUAUCGAGAGUUUCUGGCCUGAGGUCGAGGUCAAGUUUACGGUCAAGGGUCGUGGCCGGGAGGAUGAGCCUGGGUGGCGCCAUUAUCAUGUUCCUGUGUUGUUGGGGCCAUGGAACUACUCUACGUAUCGGGGAUCAUGA